GCUCUGCUCGUGCGACUGCAGGAAGGCCGUCGUCAGUUUAGUUUGUGACGUACUCGUGUGAGGAUCGUUAUUCGUUUCGCUCUUGGAUUAUUCGUGUGAUUUUUUUCACCCCCUACUUGAGAAGUUGGGAAACCGAAAAAAAUAUUUGCGCUAUUAUUUCUUAUUAUUUAUUUUAAGUGUUUAUUGUGCAUACUGGAUUAACUUCAAGAAUAGUGGUGCAACUAGUGCUUUUGUGGAUUAACCAAUUUUUUUUUUAUUGUUUGACUUUUUUAUUUAUCGUCUGUGUGGUGCGAAGAAAUUUUUUUGGUUAUUUUUUCCCGAUGAGAUUAUACGAAGAUGACUUUGGUGUUGCCAUUUGGCUGUGAUCAAAUAUCUAACAAUUCUUUAUUUUCGGGGUCAAACAGUAAUCCAAAUUCCAACAUGCCCUGUGUGUUCGAUAGCGAAGCAUUUGAUCGGGACUUGGAAUCUGCUUUGAUGACAGAUUGGACAUCGGAUAUUACUGAUUAUGAUAUGCCAUCGGCAGAUUCACCUAUCAAAACGCCAUCUGGUUCCAAUGAUUUAAAAAGGAAGUCUUCAGAUGUUGAAACCGAGCAACAACCUUCUAAAAAGCUCCGAGUGACUGUUACCGACGAGGUAUCACCCAUUCAGUCUGAAAUAGUGUCAUCUUCAUCUAGUUCCAAUGAUGUCUCUCCGGUUCCAUCUUCCCAGUUCGAACCUUCUUCCUUGCAGUCCAGUAGCAGCUCAUCAUCUUCAUCAUCGUCAGAAGGUGGUCAAGACGAUGAAAUGUCUGUGGACGACGAGGACUACCUGCCACGUCGACGGGGUCCUCAAAUGUGGAACUCACGGCAAAGAUGGAAGGACGAGCGGAAGAAAGUACUCAAAAUGUCCAUCAACAAACUGGCAGACAUUGAAGAUCCUGAGCUUUGUCUCCUCAGAUCGGUUCUCAUCAACAACACCAUCAAGAAAUUGCACCUGGACAUCAGGAAUGAAAGGCAAGCCAAGUUGCGGCAAAGACAACAAAGAAUAGACUUUUUCUCUGAACGAUACUCUCCAUUUGCUAGUACUCAAAACGAAGACAAUAACGCCAUUUCUGAUUGCUUCACAAUCGACUUCAGCAAUGGCAGUAACACUAAUACGUAUAACAGUAACGCCAAACAAAACUCAGCGCCAAGCAACUCAAACAGUGCCGAUUUCCAUGAUGAUAGCUCGUGUGAUGAGAUGUUUGGUAUCAACGAUGACUUUUUACGUGUGCCCAUUCCUGACAGACGUGUGUCCAGCCCGAUUCCAACUAGCUCUGAGAACCGCAGGACCGAACCUAGAGACUCCUCAUCGGCUAGUGAUUCAACAAACUCUUGCUGUGAUACAAAUCGUGGCUCUUUCCAAUCAACGCAAAACAAUUCUCAAACAGUUGGCACCGCGACGACGCCUCCUUCCUACCCCCAGGCAACAACAGUGACGUCGCCGCCCCACAGCAACAGACGAGCGCCCCUCUCCAGCAGUGGCAGCCAGUGUGCAAUGCAAUAUAGAACUAAUCGAGAUUUGGGGGUCGGGGAGGUUUCUUUUCCUCCAAGAGUUCCCAUCCUAGACUCAGUUGUUUAUCACAGCCUUUUGGCGUCCUUAGAAUCUUCCUGAACAUCAAUCAUUCCUUAACUGCAACUGCCCUUCCCCUCUUUCUCCUCUUCUGCUUUAAGGCACACAAUACACACUAAAAAAAGAAUGUUUUGGACCUUUAAUCAAUAUAAAGCAUUGCUUUUACAUUGUUAUUUAUUUAUUUAUUAUUUAUUGAGUACCUUUUUUUAAAAAUUUGCAAUUGAUUAUUGAAGAGAGAAAAAUUGCAAUAUGUAAUUUAUAAAUAUUAUUAUCGUAUAAUUUAUAAUUAUUAUAUUAAUAUUUUCGCCAUUUGUAUUUCCUUGAGAAUUAAGUUCAUUAUUAUUUAAAUAUGUUUUGAAAAUUAUUAAUUAAUUUUUAUUUACCAAAAUAAUUAUUAAUUAUUUUUUGUAAUUAUUUGGGUAAUAUCUUUACCAAGUUUAUAGUAAAUCAUUAAGUAUGAACUGUCAGCAAAUAUGAAAAAUUAUAGACUGGAUUCAAAUAACUUCAGUUUAUAAUUCAUUUCUUAUGAAAAGUAAAGCCCUAGUAUAAAUGUUUAUAAAAUUAUAAUUUCUCAUUGAUGGAAAAUCAUAUCUAUUAUCGUAAUUCUGUUCUGUUAAUAUUUCAUCGCCUGUUUCUCUUUCGUAAUUCUGUAUGUAAAAGUUAGCUAACUUUAAACUUGGGCACAUUUUGUACAUCAAUACAAGUGAAAUUAUUAAUAUUCCUGAACAUAUAUAUUAUAUUAAUUAAAUAAAAUAUCGUAAACAAUUGUGAAAUAUUGAUAGUCAAAUUCUGAUAUCGUCCAGCUCUAUUCAGUGAUUAAGACUUUCAUACUUAAUGAAUUUGAUUUAUAAUUCAAUUCUUAAUUUAGCAAAUUCUGAAAAAAAAUAAUUGGGUAUUAAACCUAUAUUCAGUAUUUUUUUUCUUCAGUAGAUUAUGCAUUAUUUGAGAGAGCAUUAAAGUGUCUAAAGUUUUAUAAAAUGAUAAACAAAAACAGGUGACAGAUAUGUCGGGGACCAAGUGCGAGCUAUGUCAAAACAUUUUGUUAAAAUUGGACAAUUUAAUUGGUUAAUGUGUUUGUGUGCUCAUAAUGGAGAAAGAUGACAAAAGGUUCGAAUUAUGGAUUAUGACUGUUAAUUGUAAAACAUGUAUAUAGAGUAUUGCUUCAAUUGUUAUGUGCUUUAUGAACUUAUUAGUCAUUUUUUUAUUCUCUUUACUUCCCUGGUUUGAUGCAAAUGAAUAGUAUUUUCUAUGGAGUUUAAGAAUGAAACAACAUUGUUUAGUUUUUAUCCUGAUUUUUAUUGCAUUUUAAAUUGAAUUAAAUUAUUUUUAAAUAGAAAAAAAAUGUGAAGUAAUAUAGUUAAUCAUGUAAUAAUUUUUUUUUUUCAGGACAGAUAAUCUUAAUUAUUUUGUAUACUCUGUUGCAAGUUUAUUAAAUAAGAAUAAAUUUUUUCAAAAAAAAACUUAUUUUCCCCAAGGUGAUGUGAAAAUUAAACAACUUCAUAGUUGCUAUUUAUUUGACUAUAUUUUAAAAAACAUGCAAGCAUUAAUCUUUGCCAUUAGUUGCCACUUAUUUGUUCAGAAUCGCUACUAAAAAUGGCAGAGAAAACAAAUAUAAAAAUGAGUAAAAAUUAAACAGUAAAUCACUUAAUUAAAGUCACUUACUUUAAUAUGUUUGCAUGAUAUAAAUAUUAAGCUGUUAUAAGUUGCCACUUAUUUGUUCAGACUUGCCACUAUAAGCUAUAGGAAGAAAAAUGAGUUACAGUGUGUAUGAAAAUACAGUGUGUAUGAAAAUGUACUCUAUAACAAAUCUCAAUCAUAUAACUGUAGACUUUACCCGAUGCAAUAUAUAUUUUUCCAUAAGAGCUCAUGAUAUAAAGAUUAAAUAGCUUCAUAAUUUUGCUAAUUAUUUGUUCAGAAUUUCUCUAAAAUGCCUAAAGAAAUAUCAUAAAUAGGCUUAUUAAUCAAAAUUGUAUCGCUAUCGUACGAUAGUAAUUUUUAUUCUCGUUGCAAAGCUAUUUAAACUAAUAAGUUAUUUUGAUUUUAUAUUUAAAUUGCAAGCAUAUUCUCGAAUCAAACAUCGUUAACAGGUUUUAUUCUUU